AUACGUAAUAACAACACAUUCUUCUUCUCGAUCCAACAUCGAAGAAACUCCUUCCUAUACAACAAACAACACACUAAAAAUCAAGAAACUGUUCUUUCUCUCUCUACAUCACUUUCCCCUCUCUCUCUCUCUCUCUCUCUCUCUCUCUCUCUAUCUCUAUCUCUCUGUUUCAGGUACUUUAUUUCACUUCUUCUGCCUCGUAAUCCUCCCCAAAGAACUUAACUUUUCAAAGAACCCGUCCAAUUAAUCGCCACCCACUUCCUUAUUUCGUCUUGAGCGAGUUUUUGUUUUUUUUUUUGAUUUUUGUUUGGUUGAGGGUUUAAUCUGAGAAGUGGAAUUAUUGAAUUUAAUGGAGGGCGGUGAUGGAAGCCCGGUGAGAAUGGACGGGCUGAAAAUGAGGAUGCAGGCUGAUCGGGCCUUUAGUUUGGAGCCCGAUGUGGCGGUUUCGUCGCCGGUGACUCGCCAGAAAGCCGCCGCCGCUAAACAGUUCAUCGAGAAUCAUUACAAGAAUUACUUGCAGGGUUUGCAAGAUCGCAAGGAGAGGAGGAGUGCAUUGCAAAGAAGGGCACAAGAGGCGCAAGUAUCGAGUGAAGACGAAGAGAAAUUGUUGCGGAAUUUGGAGAAAAGGGAAACCGAGUAUAUGAGAUUGCAGAGGCAUAAAGUAGGUAUCGAUGAUUUCGAGCAAUUGACUGUCAUUGGCAAAGGAGCAUUCGGCGAGGUGAGGCUGUGUCGAGCUAAAAAUACAGGAGAAAUAUAUGCCAUGAAAAAAUUGAAAAAAUUGGAGAUGCUCAGCCGCGGACAGGUUGAGCAUGUACGUUCCGAGAGGAACUCGCUUCUGGAGCUGGAUAGUCGGUGCAUAGUGAAGCUAUGUUAUUCGUCCCAAGAUUCCGACUUUUUAUAUCUUAUAAUGGAGUAUUUACCUGGCGGCGAUAUUAUGACUUUGUUAAUGAGAGAGGAUAUUCUUUCCGAAGACGUUGCUCGAUUUUACAUGGCCGAGAGUAUUCUUGCUAUCCAUUCCAUCCACCAGCAUAGUUAUGUACAUAGGGAUAUCAAACCAGACAAUCUGAUUUUGGACCGAAACGGGCAUUUAAAGCUUUCCGACUUUGGCUUGUGUAAGCCGCUGGAAAAAUAUUCGUCAAUUUUAUUGGAAGAUGAUGAUCUCACGAGUCAAGAUCCUGUAAUCGAGAGCGAAGGCAAUUCCACCAUAGGCACUGCUCCUUGGUUAAUGGCUAAGGAGCAGUUACAACAGUGGAAAAGGAAUCGUCGUGCCUUGGCAUACUCGACCGUUGGAACUCUCGAUUAUAUGGCACCAGAAGUUUUAUUGAAGAAAGGAUAUGGAAUGGAGUGUGAUUGGUGGUCUUUGGGGGCUAUAAUGUAUGAGAUGCUCGUAGGGUACCCUCCCUUUUGUUCCGAUGAACCUAGAAUGACGUGUCGUAAGAUAAUUAAUUGGAAAACGUGCUUAAAGUUCCCGGAAGAACCAAAAGUCUCCGACGAGGCCAAGGAUUUGAUCUGUCAUUUGUUGUGUGAUGUUGACAAAAGGUUGGGUACCCGAGGUGUCGAAGAAAUAAAGGGGCAUCCGUGGCUUAGAGACGUUAAAUGGGACACCCUUUAUGAAAUGGAAGCUGCCUACAAACCGACUGUAAAUAGUGAUUUGGACACACAGAAUUUUGAAAAGUUUGAAGAAGGAGAAAAGCCACCAUCUGAUACACCACGAGUCGGACAUUGGAGGAAGAUGUUAACAUCUAAAGAUGCCAACUUUAUUGGAUAUACAUUCAAGAAAUCCGAUCUCCUGAAAUCAGCUGAGAGUGCAGGCAUCGAUUUGAGUUCAAAUGGAUCUUCGAAACCUCCAUCUUUAAUGUCAUUAUUCGGGCAGAUAGACCUGCAAGACGAAGUAAUAGCCGAGGAAGAUCCAAAACCACAUAUUUGACUCUUUUUUAUAAGAUUUUUCGAUUCUUCAAAGAGGUGUUGUGUGUUAUCUGCAAGAAGCGCUUGUUUCUGUACAGAACAAAAAAUCUUUUUUUUUUUGGGAUAAUUUACAGAACAAAAAAUUCAUCAGUUAUGCAGAUGGAUAAAUUUUUGGCUAUGUUUUCAUUGUUUGUUGUUCUCCUUUGUUCCAUUAUAUAUGAAAAGGCAAUAAGUGUUUUAUUUCU